AUGCCUUCUACCGUUCGCUUUUAUAGCAUCCUCAUCGUUUUCGGUGUCUGCAAGGCCCUUUCGUCAUCAGGAUGCACCGAGAAACAGGACCAUUUCCGCGACCCCCCUUCGAGACAACGCCCGAGAUUCAGAUACUGGCUUCCAGAUGCCAGCGUUGAUCCUGAUGUUGUGAAAGCGGAUAUCAAGUCUGCCGGAAGUAUUGGAGCUGGCGGCGUAGAGUUUUUGCCGUUCUAUAACUACGGAGGGGAGCUCGGAGGGCCUCCGUUAGGGGUCGACUGGUCUACCUAUGGCUUCGGCACACCGGCAUACCUUCAACUCUUCACCUCGGCGUUAGAGGCUCACAAGGAGGGUGGCAUGGCAAUGGACUUCUCACUCGGUCCAAAUCAAGGUCAGGGUAUUCCAGCUCAUCAUGACGAUGAAGGGCUACAGUGGGAUUUGGUUACAACCGCCCAAGAGCUUUCUUUCGGUGGAACUUUUAACUACACGAUUCCGGGCUGGGGGGGAGGCGAGCUUGUCGCCGCCAUCUCGGCUAUGGUUGUCUCCCGCAGAAAUGUUUCUUACAAUGUAACGGCGAUUACCGGGCUCUCGACGGUGACUUAUGAGGACCUCAUAUUGAAGAAUGGGUCACUUGAGGACGUGACAAACAUGGUAUCCGAAGAUGGCAGUCUACUGCUGGAGGUCCCUGAAGCAUCGCCAGGUGGUCUGGGGUACGAGCUUUUCUUUUUCUACCAGAAGCUCUCGCAUAACCAAAACGUUCACUUUUCCUCCAACACAACUGGUUCCAUUUGGGACAACGGAUCUUACGUGGUAGAUCACUUCAGUGCCCGGGGUGCUCAGAAAGUUCAAGAUUUCUGGGAGCACUACAUCUUGGCCGGCAACGUCAAGGAACUUCUGAAAGAAACGGGCAAUUACGGAUGGGAAGACAGUCUAGAGAUUAAAUCCAAUGUAUCAUGGACCCCGACUCUGCCUACACGAUUUAUGGAGGUUUUCGGCUACGACCUACGCCCUUAUCUCCCUCUCAUCGCGUUCGGCAACAACAACAUCAACAUUCAGAACAACUCGCCUGGGAGUAUCCAGUGCAAGCUGGACACGCCAGACCAAGGAGAAGGGUAUGUUAAUGACUAUCGAGCGGUUUUGGCAAAAGGGUAUCAGGAGUACCUGGCUACUCUGUCGCGGUGGCUGCAGUCUUUGGGACUCGGACUUUCUUCACAGCCUUCCUACAACAUGCCCAUGGACAUGGAGGCAUCCAUACCCUUUGUCGACGCUCCAGAAUGCGAGAGUCUCCAAUGGCAUGACAAUGUGGACGGCUAUCGACAGUUUUCGGGCCCAGCGAACUUGGCUAGAAAGAAGGUCAUCUCCAAUGAGUUGGGUGCUAUCUCUGGUAGAGCUUACAGCCUCACCAUUCCAGAGUUGCUCUUCGCCAUGAACCGAGCUGUUUCUGGCGGCGUCAAUCAGUUCGUGAUCCACGGACAGUCAUACACCGGCAACUAUCCCCAGACGACAUGGCCCGGAUACACCGCCUUCAUCUACUACAUUUCCGAGCUAUACUCGGCAAAGCGUCCCGACUGGGACCAUGGGUUUCACGCAGCAUUGGACUACAUGGCAAGAAUUCAACAUAUUCAGCAGAAAGGGAUUCCAAGAACCGAUGUCGCAUUUUACAACAAACAAACUGUCACUGAUCCCAACAUGGCGACGCUAUAUCGAUUUGAUGAUCUCACCAAACAAGGAUGGUCGUACGCAUAUUUGUCGCCUGAUAACCUCAAUCUGCCACAGGCCUACGUCGAGGACAAUCUGCUCGCACCCGCCGAUGCAAGGUUUCAAGCUCUGGUUGUGCUUGGCUCUCAGAACGUCACCCAGAACUCUCUCGUUCAGCUGAAGGUCUUUGCGGAUGCCGGCUUGCCGGUCAUCAUGGCGGGUGGCGUUCCGGCACAAUAUGCAACCCAAAACCGGACUGCUAUUGACGAACGGCUUUUCAAUUCGUCUUUGACAGAUUUUCUGCAGCAUAAGCACGUAAAACAGGUUGUAGAGGGCGAGGUUUCCCAGAGUCUGGAAUAUUUAGGCCUCAAGCCACGGGUGGGUGUUCGCACAAACGGUACUUGGUACACCACUUGGCGCGAGGAUGCAGCAGAUGGCAUAAGCUACGCUUACAUCUUCGGCGACACCGCGGCGGCAUCUGGUGAGGUUGUUGUUGAAGCUACCGGCAUACCCUACUUCUUCAAUCCCUGGACAGGAACACGCGAGCCGGUUCUAAACUACAAGACCGAGGGGCAUACCACGGUCAUACCACUCAAGCUUGCUGGGAACCAAACCAAGAUCAUUGCAUUCUCACAGAACCCAAUCGAAAAUGUUAAGGUUCCCAAGUUCUACGCAACGGACUUGUCAGAAAACGUUAUAGGCUACAACGUAAAUCUUAACGGUGUUCUGCUCCAUGUUGCCGCAACUCCAAAAUCAACACUCCUAACGCUGUCCACGGGCAAAACCGUUCAACAUGAGAGCAAAGCUCCAGACCCAUUCGAGCUAAAAACUUGGGAGCUUGUGUUAGAACUUUGGGAAGCCCCGAGCAACAUGAGUGACGCGACAAUCAAGGCUGUCAAGAGCAACACGACGCAUCAGCUCAGCAACCUGGUAUCGUGGACCGAGAUCGAUGCUGCAGCAAAUGCUUCUGGAGUGGGCUACUACCACACCAACUUCACUUGGCCUCCAGGCUCGGUCCAAGACAACAGUGUCUCGCUGGGGGCAUACAUCAGAUUUCCUCCAGUCUUGAAUGCUAUCACGGUGUACAUAAAUGGAGCCCGCCUUGCUCCCUUGGAUUACGUGGAUCCUAUCAUUGACAUCACUCAAUACCUGAUCAGUGGAAGCAACGAUAUUGUUGCAGUGGUGCCAAGUACGAUGUGGAAUUAUCUCCGCAGUAUCUUGCCAGGUAUUAGGAGCAGUGGACGACAGUUUUUGCAACUGGAAGCAAUUCCUAAGACUGAAAAUGGGCUUGUUGGUGUGGUCAGUGUCGUUCCUUUUGAAUUUCUGCACAUUGUGCCUUGA